UCGCAUGAUGAAAGAAAGAGAUUUUUCUUUGUGCUGUCCUCUUUCUUCUUGACAAGUGCUUGCAAGGGACCAUGGAGACACCCAUUGAAGUUCUGCGGAUCGAACACAGCGCCAUAUCCAAAGAGCUGAGUCGCUUCAGAGCCUGCGACAGCGAAACCCGAUGCUUCUACUGCCGCGAAUGGUCACAAUACGUCUACAAGAAGCAUUUCGUGUGGAGCGCCAAAACGCAGGAAGAUGUCAGCCAAGAUGAUCCUGAGAAGCUCUUGGCCGGCAGAUAUCAAGUAAACCUGCUCAAUGGAACAACGCCGGCAAAACAAAAGGAACGAUCGCCCAAAUUAUCAGAACGAUUCGAAAAACUCCUGGAAACACAAUCGGAAUCCAGCAGCGAUGCAACAUUGACCGAGGACAUCAUUUCAGCGUGUGCACUGUGGCAGACUUUGCCUAGCAGCCUAUCCGGCCUACCGUCGAUAUUCGAAUCGGUUCAAUUCAAUCCGUAUCCAGACGCUAUACCCUUAGCCGACGACCCCAAAGAGCCAGCACACUUGCUCGAUCCACUCAUCAUCGAGCGCCAAACGCUGUGCUUGCCUGCAGAAGGUUUUCACUUGUUGAAAAAUCUCACGGGUGAUAUUUUAAUGUCACAUACUCAACCAACAUGCAACCAUACACGGCCCGAGUCGCGCUCACCAGCGGAUCUCGAGAUUGAUCGGACGAUAUACAACGAAAAGCUGGAUCAGGUGACAAAGGGAGCCAUGAAGGAUCUGGAGCACGCAUUAGAUCAUUCGUGGCGACACCUCACCGAGUUCUUGCAACGGCUGUUAGAGUUGGAAAAGGAGCGCAAUAUCCUGAUGGGAAGACGGUCGAAAGACAGCGUGGAUCAAUUUGCAGAAAAGCAAAAGAUGCCGACGUUUCAGGACUAUUGGGAGGAAAAGACGACCGAGUUUAAAAAGAAAAAGAUGGAUGUCAAGACAGUGGAUACGGCAUUGACGACGUACUUUGAUCGCCUCUCGCACUGUGCAGAAGAGUUCCAGACCGAUUUUGCCAUCACGCGUCUGGCAGCGUUGCGUCGACUUAUACAGAAGCUGUGGGAUCUGGUUGUACCGACGAUCCAAAAGAUGGCCGAUCGCAUGGCGUCGCACGAACAGCAGGACGAGCGUCACAUGGAAAACUGCAAAGCAGUUUCGGCAUCCCUCCGUGGAUUGCAUCCAGCCGAUGACGUUGAUGUGGCAGUGAAGCGGAUACAGAGCGAGAUGGAUGGCCGCGUCAAGGAAUUCAAGCAGGACAUUGCAGCGGUUCUACACAUGUACAAAGAGGAGACGAAAACGAGUGUGUCUGCCAGAUUGGACAAGGUGGCCCAAAAGGAUUUCAAGCGCAAGCUGAAACGGGCAGAGAAUGGAUACCACUCGUUACGUCAAUAUUUCAAAUACGAGGUGACGCAAAAGAUAUUUCCAGAGCCACUUUUUUGCAAAUUCUGUCUCGUAUGCAUCGAAGCAUUGAUGCAGGAAGGCGAGGUGAUGGAGGCUGUAACGAUCGAAAAGGAGGUGAAACGGUUUUUAGAGUCUCACAAGGAUCUGGUGCGGCAACGGCAGCAGCUGUUGAAUGAGUUUGAAGAUGGCGUGCAAGUAGGGCGUCGCGAGCUUGCCGGUGUGCUUGGUAAGCUUUUCCUAAAGGAAGGAAUGCGGAUACAGGGUGAAAACCUCGCGUUGAAGCGGCAAAACUCGCUGCUGAAAUCAAUUGGCAUGAGUGGCCAGACGGAAGGGUCGCCAGCACCGACGACGCCCUCUAAUAAAAAGAAGAAGAACAAAAAGAAGAAGAAAAAGGCAGCGGCAACGAGUGCAACAUCUAGUACUGUUGGUGUCAGUGACACCGCAUCGGUAUCUGCGAACGAAAGCAGUAGAGCACCUUCUGCGUGCUCCUCACCCAGACCGCCAGCCCAAGCACCAAUUGACGAUGAUAGCAGUAAUGUAAAUGUCGAUACACUGGCACCGCCCGUUGAAGUUGAUCAACCACCAUCACCAAAGAUCGACGACAAACCAAAAUCACCCGAACUAUCGAAGCAGCAACCCGCAGCCCCUGAGCUGCCUUCUGCGAAGCAACAACAAAAGCAGCAACAAAAGAAAAAGAAACAACCCACUGCCGCGCAACCAAAGAAGGCCAGCGACAAGGUUUCUUCUAAACCUGCCACUGAAGCAACCAAAGCGCCGGUCGCAACCCAUGCACAAAGUGCAGCAGCAUCCGAGGUAUCACAACCCAAAAUAAAAGCAACUAAAGAACCACAGCCUCCGCAAGAAGCCAUGGACAUCAGUCGCAAAGCUACACCAUCGCCUGAAAAAUCACCGGUCAAUCCUGUAGCAGCCGAAGCAGAGGCCGGCAAUCUGCUUGGUCCUGUCAAUGACGACGUAGACGAAACAAAGUCGGAGAGCGUGCAGUCAGAAGACGCGACGAUAACAGAACCAAUGUUAAGCGAGCCGGUACAGCCUGCACCAGCAAACGCGUCGAUCAAAAGCGCUGUCGAUUCACCAAAAGCAACGGCAGACAACGGCGGAUGGAACAAUGCAAGCACGCCGGGCACGUUUACGCCACCUGGCAUAGCUGGAGGAUCAUCACCAUCACUCAACCUCAAUGGCAAUCGAUCUUGGAGCCCAAUGAGUCGAGAAGGAAGCGGCAACAGUUGGAACGUCAACAAGCCUCUGCUCUCAACAACAACGACAACGUCGACUGGAUGGGGUCCAGGGCUCGGCGGUGGAUGGGAUACCCCGAAAUCCAACGGUGGUGGUAGACCUGGAUGGCUUGACAAUGGAACGCCGUUAGCAGACAAUCAUUGGCUUCAACCACAGCAACAGCGGCCACCUGGAUUGGCAGCAGCAGCAGCAGCAGCAGCAGCAGCAGAACAACAACAACAGCCAAAAAUGUACCAACAGAUACCUGUACCUGACGAGGUCCGCGACUUGAGUCCGGACAAUUUGAUUGCACUCGUGCACAAUCUGCAUCAAGAGAAUGGGCAGCUUGUACACGCAAUGAAUUCAAUGCGACAAGAGAUGGCGUUAAUGACUCGACAGUACACGGACAUGAUGACGUUGUCAAGAGAGCGCGAGGAGCAAUUGACGCAAAUUUUUGAGGCACGAAGACGGACGGAUAUGGAGGAAUCACGACGACACUUUGCCGGAUUAGAAUCCAAAAUUAACAAUCUGCAGCUACAACAACAGCAGCAGCAGCAGCAUGAACAACCCUCUCUGUUAUCACCCAUCAAGACAUCGUCGGCCGCGCCAGGUGCUGGUAUCAUGGCUGGCUUUGGAAACCAGGACCUGUUUGCAGGCUACCGCGAAGAAAUGCGCUCAAACCAUCACCACAACCGAAAACUGUGGCAGAAAUCUGUCCGUGUUCGUUGCGGCAAUUGUGGUGGAACUGGCCAUUCCAGCUCGGAAUGCAAGGAUUCAUGCCGUUAUUGUGGUGCAAGCGAUCAUUUGUCCGAAGCCUGUCAGUUCAGCUAACCUGAAAAAUAACUUCUUCUCCUCCUCCUCAUCCCCUUGCCCCAACCCCCACCUUUUUGCACACACAUUUACUUAUCGCCACCAUCGCUACAACUACUAACUAUUUACCACACACACACACACACACA